AUGGACGGCUUAGGGAGUUCUGUCGAAGAUGUUUUUAUAUCUCCAAAUCUACACAAUUCUCCUAGUUCUGCAUUAAGAAUUGCUUACAUUAUAGAAUUAUUAUAUAGAUUAACACAAACAUGUUUGGUAUUAUUUGCUAUCUACAUUAGAGGCAAAGUCUCUCUAAAUCAUCCUCUUAAAAAAUUUUUAGUCUUAUAUCUCGGCUUAAAUAGUGCUCGCACUUUAAGUUUAGGAUCAAGAAUUAAAUCUAAAAUAAUGGCAGAAAUAACUUCAAGAUACAGAGAACCUUCAGGAUUUGAUACAUAUGAAAGCUUAAUAGAGAUGUUUUUAUUUGUUUUAUACUUUAGAGGUUUAGACUAUUUAGAAAUAUGCGAGAAAUGUAAUAUUACAGAACCUUUAUUAUUUUAUCUUACAAAAAGCAUUGUUAUAUUAGAAAUAGCACUAUUUAUUUUGCCAUUAUUAAUGAUUUUUUUGUAUAUUAUGAUUUUAGCACAUAGAGCUGAGUUACUUACUUUAGAAGAUAUUUCAGAUAUACCAUAA